CAUGAACGAAGAAUUAGGAACGAACAGUUUGAAGAGGAGGAGGAAGAGGACGAUGAUUUUGAGGAAUUAUCUUUGAGAAGUGACAAUGAUACAAAAAUAGUCAAAGAUAUCGAUAAGCCGUCAAUGCAAAAUGGAAAUUAUAUGAACACAGGGAAUGAUCAAUCCAGUGCAGCAAUGAUGAUAGAUAGUUCACCGAGAAAUGGUUCCAUUAGUAUUAAUGAAACAAAUGAUAUGGACGAAGGACCAAAUAAUUCCACAAGAGCGUCUGUGGACCAACGCAUACAAAUAUCAGAUGAGGAAAGGGAACAGUUGAGAGCCGACCUUGUUGAUAUUAUGAGAGAAAGGUUUUUCGCUGGAAACGAUCCAGAUUUCGAUUACGACGCAGUGGAUUUUAAUGAAGAAUACGAUGAUCUUAAUGUUGAAGAACAGGAAAUCCAUGAAAAUCGGGCCAGUGGACGAAAACGAUCUAUAAUUAAUAGCAGUUUCAUUAAAGCGAUUGUAAAGGAAAGGAUUAUCUUAGCAUUAGUUUUUGAAA